GUGAAGUUCAACAUUAUGAUUUUGGCAAUAUUCUUUAAUGAUAUUGGAGCGUAAUUCGCCAGGGUCGGAAAGUAAUGUUUCAUUUUAUUAAGGACAUCAACAUGAUUUUUUGAAGAAAAAUCACAUGAAGGAAGCAUUAUUAACAUCGGCAGCAGAAGCAUAUAAAAAAGGACACAAAGAUUUUUGCACCACGAUGUGCGAGGAAGGCAUUAAGCUGUUUAGGUUUCAGAAGGAAGUCGAAGAAAAAAUACCUGCAAUGAAGAGUAAGCUCCUUGACAAGUCAGUGAAUGCUACAUGCAGGGUACUGCUUGAAGCCAAUGAACUCAAGUUAGCUGAGAAGUUUAGGAACGAUUUCAAAAUUCCUGAUAAAAGGGUGGCUCGUGUUAACAAAACGGCUGCAUCCUGGUUAACACCUACAUUAAAAAAAGACAAGAUCCUAAUCAAGAUAACUGGAAUCUUUACAAGGAUCUGAGAAAUUAUGCUUUAGCUUCAAUACGCAGAGAGAAAAAAGCUUACCUUCCACAUAUUGACAAUUUGAAUUGCUUGGAAGAUCAUUGGAGAUAUAAUAUUUGCCAUCGCAGUAAAAUUGGGAUUCCUGAUAAUCUACUUGAACCAAACUCUCUGAAUAUUUACUUUUUAGCUCACUUCCCUGUUGCAAAUUUGAAU